UAUUAAUAUUCUUAUCUAUAAUCCUUUGAGAAUGAUUUAUUUGAUAUUAAAGAAUAUUUGCUAACUUUCAUAUUGAAUAUUCCGAUCAGAAUAUCCUAGGACACAAUCGUUUUUAUUCGAAUUUGUUUUAUUUCUUUUGACUCGUUCAAGGUAAAUUAGAAAGGACGUGGAUAAAAUGUGAAUUCGUUUUUCGUUACCUUCUCUUUCUCAUCCUCAUCUUUCUCUCCCCACCACGUGGCCCUUACCGUUGCCCCUUCACGGUUUGAUGUUUCCCCUUCUACUGAUUUUCACGUACAUUCGCAGACGUCUUGUGCUCCCACCCUGACAGUGUCCCUGUAUCCUCGCAACACUCCUUCCUCAUACGGUGGUGAACGGGACAGUUUUCGCACGACGCGCCCUUUCAUCAAAGCCACACACAGCAGCCGACUACGAUCAAAGGAACAAAGUUACAAGUCAAACUAAGCAAACAAGGAAAAAUAUUUUUAAACGUCCAACUUCGAUUAGUGACAGGAAUCGUGUGUUUCGUUAUCGUGACAAGAUGUGAUUUUAAAGGAUGAUCCUUACACUAACUAUAUAACUGGGAAAGAAAUUCUUAUGGAUUGUGCUUCAGAAACAAUGCGAUCUUCACGAUAACGAGGAUCAAAUCGGAUCGUUGGAGAGAGAGUUUAAGAGGCUGAAGACUCCUUCUUCUUCUUCUUCUUCUUCUUUUUCUUCUUCUUUUUCGGAAGUGGAAGAAGUGGAGGUGGAGGAAACUAGUCCUGAAGAAAAAGAGACACUUAUGAUUAAAAAAGAAUAGAACAAAUUCUUUUGUGUGAUACGUUUAGGUUUUGUAUUUUGGAAUUAUAACAGCAAAGAAGAUCCUAAAUCCAAACAUGGGGAAUGGGAUGAACAAGGUACUUCCAGGCCUUUAUGUUGGUAAUUAUCAAGACAGUAAGGACGCAGAUCAACUGGAAAGGUUUGAGAUAACUCAUAUCCUGGCUAUUCACGAUACAGCUCGUAGAUUACAUUCUAAUAAACAUUAUUUAUGUAUCCUAGCAGCAGACAGACCGGAUCAAAAUCUUUCACAAUAUUUUUCUUUAUGUAAUGAUUUUAUUCACGCGGCACGAUUGCGCGGUGGCAACGUUUUAAUACAUUGCCUGGCAGGCAUGUCGAGAAGUGUGACAGUCGCAGUCGCUUAUAUUAUGAGCACCACAAAUCUAUCCUGGAAGGAGGCACUUAAGGUUGUGAGGGUAGGACGUUCUAUCGCCAAUCCAAAUGCUGGCUUUCAACAACAACUCGAGGACUUUGAAUCAAGCCGUCUUCAGGAAGAACGACGAAGAUUGAAAGAAAGAUUUCCUAGUCUCGCGUUAGCAGAAACCGAUGCAGAAGCAUGCAGAGCAACCCUUAAAAAUUAUGAGGCAUUGGUGCAAGCACGAGAAGUGUGCGAAGGCAAGUGUGCAAUGGGUCGUCCUUGUCCUACUGGACUUUGUCGUCAACCGUCCAAAAGGACUUCCAGAAGACGAUCGUCUUCCAGUAGUUCCGGAAAUUUAACGCCUGGUAGAACACCACCGCAAACACCAAGAAUGCUUCCAUCCGCACCACCCUCGCCAGCCAUGCCUAGAUCAGCCAGCGUUAUGUCCACUAGUCGGCCAAGGAGUGGUCCUGCAGGGUUACAUUCCUAUACAGGAUCUGCACCUCCUUCCAGAGCUGUUUCAAGGGUGGAUCUGUCAACUGCCGUAGCAUGCAGUAGUAGCAAUACGAAUUUAGCUGCUGUUGGCAGAUCCGUUACACUAUCCAGUAGUAAUUGGAGAUUGACAGCAGGAUCAGCACCAACCACACCAAGGCCAACACCACCUGUGUCGCCUCAACGAUGGUCUAGGCGACUUUCCAGACAAACGCCACAAUUACCUGUACCAUCGGAAGCCCAUUCUUCGAUGACGUAGCAGCAAAAUGCAAUCACCCUUUCCAGUCUUUUGGAAUGAAACUAUAUAUAUAUAGAUGAAGAUCUUUGAAAAGAAAUAGUACAGCUCUCUUGAAAAAUGUAAGACAAGUUGUAUUAAAUUUUGUUCUUCGAGUUUUAAAUUUGUCAGACUGACAAGAAUGAUCUUGGAAAGAUAUAACUAUUUUUGAAAAUAGAUCUAACAACUAUCCACUGAUAAGCGAUCAUUUUAUGCGUCUAUUCUGCUUCUAAAUCGAAUUCAAAUUUGUACUUUCGAAUAAUUGGGUUGUUAAUCAGUCGCCUUAUAAUAAGAUGUCAAUGAAUAAAAUGACAUGUCGCGGUUGAAAUACUAUGAAAACUGGAUAGUUUGUAUAUCAUACGGGUCUAACGGGUUCACAAUUGAUGAGAUUGAUAAUACAUCAAGAAAUUGGAUAAAGGGUUGAAUGGAAUUGGCUGUUUGUUAGAAUAAAGUAAAGAGGAAAAACUUAGACCGAUUUUCUACGUUUGUAAAAUCCAUCACUUUUAUCGUACUGUGAAAAAAACAAAAGACAAGAACAAAAUUAAUGUACAGAGUUAUUACUUGGUGAAAGAGGAAAGAGAAGGGAAGGGAUAUUUCGUUGACAUGGGAUGAACUAAUUGUAAAGAUCAAAGCGAAGUGUGAUAUGUUGUUUUUAUCAUGUUAUCCCAUCACCAAAUUUUGUUCGCAACCGUCCAAAUAAUUGUUGGCUUUGUAGCGGGAUCGCGUUGUUUAUCGCGAAUCGUUGUUGACACUCUGAAAGAUAUAUACAUAUAUAAAACAUAUGUAAAUAUAAUACAUAUUAUACACCAUGGCCCGAGUGUCACGUUGUUACGAAAAGGAUUUUCAAAGGAUAACAACAUAUAGUUAUAUAUAUAAAUAGAAGACAAAGAAAUAAGAAGAACAAGCAAAUAAAUAUAUAUAUAUAUAUAAAUA